AUUAUUCAUUUUUUUAAAAAAAGUUAAUUAUAUUAUUUUUAAAAGUCUAUAUAUAAAAGUCCAUAUAAAAAAAAUUGGGGUGAGUUUGUUUAGUAAUCAUGAAAAAAAAAGAAAAUUACUAAGAAUUACUCCGGCGUAUAUUUAUAUAAAUUUUUGGUCGAGUUUGUGAAACCAUUACAUUCGCAGCUGUUGAUCGAUCAACUUGGCUCUACAUCUCAUUACUAAUAGUUUUGGCUACUCGCGAAUUCGAGUUUAAAAAGCGAGUUGGGUGUGCGUAAUUUAUUUUAAACGACGUUACAAUAUUCAAUUUUGUAUAUUUAGUUGUACAUAAAGUGCUUUUAAAUUCUAAAAAAAUAAAAAAUUUGAAGACAGAAAUAUUUUAUUCAUAUUAUUUUUAUCGUGUGAUACUACUACCUUCUUGAAUUUGUUAUACUUUUAAUAAUGAGCUUUGAAAGCGAAGGCGAUUACAGUAGUGUUGCUUGGGAUACUGGUACUACUGAUUACUUAAAACCCGAAGAUUUAUUAGACCAAGUAGCUGAAGAACCCCCAUCUCAGGAUCUUACUAGGUCAACUAUUAAUUCAUAUGCUCCGAGUGUUGUAGUUCCUGCAGCAUAUCCUAUGACUAUCACUGUUACUUCACCAGUAAAAGAACUUGAUGGUACUAAGGAAGCUUUCAUUUCCUAUCUUAUCACCACAGAGACUACUUUAGAAACAUUUGUUGCACCAAAAGCUACCGUUAGAAGACGAUUUCAAGAUUUCGUAUUUCUAUGUAAUUCUCUUAGUAGAGAUUUUGCCGCGUGCGUGGUACCACCAUUGCCUGACAAACAUCGAUUAGAAUACAUAACCGGUGAUCGAUUUGGACCGGAGUUUGUUGAAAAACGCCGUGCAAGUCUUCAAAGAUUUUUGGAAAGAUUAGCUCGACAUCCAACUUUACAAAAGAGUGAAUAUUUUAGAAUAUUUUUAGAAUCAAGCGAAUGGAAUGCUGAAUCAUUUUAUAGGCAAAAGAAAUCUGGUGAUGGAGUUUUUGAGAAUUUUGGUGAUGCGUUACUUAACGCAUUUUCUAAAAUUAAAAAGCCUGAUGAAAGAUUUAUUGAAAUUAAGGAAAAUAUUGAUAAAAUUGAAGAAAACUUGCAAACAAUCGAAAGAUUAUAUUUUAAAAUCAUUAAACGACAAUCAGACUUAGAGGCCGAUUAUAGAGAAUUUGGUACUAGUAUUGUUAAUUUGGGACAAUUUGAAACUGGAAUUGAAACACAACUUAAGAAAUUUGGUGAAACAACUGAAAAAUUUGCAGAUGCAUGGAAGCGAAUGACGGAUAGGGAAGAAAGCGAGUACCUAAAUCAAAUUCGAGAAUUCCUUUCAUACUGUCACUGCGUUAAAAAUGUCUUAAAACUUCGGGAUCAAAAACAAGUUGAUUUUGAAGAACUUUCAGAAUAUCUUCAAGGAGCAUUGAUUGAAAAAGAGAAUCUUGUAAGUACUGGUAAAGGUUCUACGGGACUUUCUUCAUUCUUAGUGGAUUAUAUUAAGAAUGUAGAUCAAGAACAAGCUAAAAAAGAAAGAUUACAAAAACUGGAUGCUAAAAUUACUGAGUUGAAAAGGGAGGUCGAGAGUAGUAAUGACAUCUCAGAGAAAUUUUCCGAUGAAAUAGUUAAAGAAUAUGAAGUAUUUCAAAAUAUAAAAACUGUAGAAUUAAAAGAUUCUUUGUUAGCCUAUACUGAUAGACACGUGGAAUUUUACCGUCAGGGAUUGCAAUUAUGGGAAGAAAUUAUUCCAAUUUUAGAAGAUAUUACAAUCUAAAAUAAUAUGAUUUUUUAUAUAUUGGACAUUAUUCAAUUAGUUCAAUAGUUCAAUAGUUAAAUUAGUAUGAUUGUAGAUGAUGUAAACUAAAAAUGAAUUUUUUAUAUUAUUAUUAAAUCUGUAUUAUUUGUAUUAUUAUUAAAUAUUAU